GCCAUCGAGACGUACAAAGCCCUGACUAUGAACAAGGAGCUCAUGCAGCUGCUUCAGACUGCCCCAGCGAGUGGGAUGACAGUGGCCGCACCAAGCGAACACGAUGUGCCGGUAUCGUCGGCUGUGCCAAGCACAGCGGAUGCAGAUGAGAAAGCGAUGCAGGCGGCUGCAGCUAAGGAUGUGAGGCCGACCCCUACAGCCCCACCAUCCCCGCCUGUCCGGCCACAGGCACGCCAGGAAGCGCGGACACCCCCAGCUGCAUCCAAGCUAGUCGAUGACUAUCUCGCGGGCGUCUACGCAGACAGCCACCGGCGUUCCCCCCGAGGCCCCAGGUGGUGCGACCUCACCGAGCUUCCUGCAACCCAGGCCGAGCCCGAGACGCUCAUCCCUGCAAGUGACAUGGAUGUGGACUUGAAAGCCGACCAGCAGGUCAAGAUCUCUGAGCCCGAAGGACGUGUUCUCAGUUCCCAG